CACACACAAACACAAACACAAUCCACACACGUAAACACACCUUAUACAUAUAUCUAUAUUUCUCCACAUACGUCGACUGUGUGUCUUUCUUGACCCAGAGUGUAGAAAAUACCUUUCCGAAGGAUCGAUCGCAACAUGUCUCAUAUAGCUGUAGAGAGAAAUAGGAGAAGGCAGAUGAAUGAACACCUCAAGGUCUUGCGAUCAAUGACCCCAUGCUUCUACAUCAAACGGGGAGAUCAAGCUUCAAUCAUAGGAGGUGUAAUAGAAUUCAUCAAGGAGAUGCAACAAGUUUUACAAUCAUUGGAAUCAAAGAAAAGACGUAGGAGCAUAAGUCCUAGUCCUGGUCCAAGCCCAAAGCCAUUACUGCAACCAAGCACCCCGCAAUCAGAACGAUCUAUAGUUGUACACGAAAAUAUCAAAGAACUGGGAGCAUCUUGUAACUCACCAGUUGCGGACGUGGAAGCAAAGAUCUCCGGGUCAAAUGUCUUCUUGAGGACUGUAUCACGAAGAAUUCCAGGGCAAAUUGUGAAGAUAGUCAAUUUGUUGGAAAAUCUUUCUCUUGAGAUCCUACAUCUAAAUAUCAGCAGCAUGGAGGACACUGUCCUAUACUCCUUUGUUAUUAAGAUAGGACUGGAAUGUCAACUUAGUGUUGAAGAACUUGCAAUUGAAGUGCAGAAGAGUUUCUCACUUAAGCUUACUUAGCUCCAUGCAUCCAUAUAAUCACUUAUGUAAUCUUGGAUCUAAUUGUGGCUUCGU